AUGGAUCCAUAUAGUCAACAUUGUAGCUUUCAAAAUCUCUUAAAUAGUCAACAACCAAACCCGAGACCCUCUUAUCAUUCUGUCUCUCGUGAGCCUAGUAUCGAACUCUCUGUGUCUGAUGCCUCUGUGUUCGGUUCACAAUGGACUGAAGAUGGCAACGAAGAUGCAGAGAUAGUAUCUGACCGUAAAGAGCGCCAUAAAUGGUCACCAACAGAAGAUGGCGUCCUCAUAAGUGCUUGGUUGAACACAUCCAAAGAUCCACUGGUCGGGAAUGAGCAGAAAGCAAUUGUGUUUUGGAAACGAAUUGCUGCGAGCCCAAAAGCUGGUUGGUUUGCAAAUGAGAGAGACAUUGAACUUUAUGAAGCUGCAAUGAAACAGAGAUCGAGUGGACAAAACGAGGAUGACGUUUUGAAGAUGGCUCACCAGAUUUUCUACAAUGAUUACAAGGUAAAGUUCACACUGGAGUAUGCAUGGUUGGAGCUUCGCCAUGAUCAGAAAUGGUGUGGAGCACCGACUACUAAAGAUAGAGUUCAGUCAAAGAGAAGGAAGUUAGAUGACCAAUCCGCUGCCUCAUCAACCUAUAUGCCAGGAAGCCAUGGGGAGGAUGAAUCAAUGGCUCGGCCAGAGGGUGUUAAAGCAGCAAAGGCGAAAGGCAAAAAGGGUGUGAGCAAGCCAGCGACUCUGGAAGAAGAGGAAGGGAGUUUCAAGGUGGAAGAAGACAUGAGACAGAACGAGAAUGACGUCUGGGGUGGGCAACAUCACGAAGGUCAAAAAAGAAACGAGCCUACAUUGAAAGAGAACGAGAACAAGGACACAUGCAGUUAUGGAAAGAUUAUUUUUUCUGAAGAUGCAACAUAUCCUUCUAUCAUGUUUCGACACCGUUUUCGAAUGAACAAGCCUUUGUUCAUGCGUAUUGUGGAUCGACUCUCCGCUGAAAUCUCAUACUUUCAACAAAGAAGAGAUGCUACUGGAAGGUUCGGUCACUCUCUGUUACAAAAGGCAACUGCAGCAAUUCGUAUGAUGGCAUAUGGUUGCCCAGCUGAUGCGGUCGACGAAUACCUUCGACUUGGUGAGUGCACCGCGCUUUUAUGCUUGGAACAUUUUGUUCAAGGAAUCAUGAAUUUAUUUGGAGAUGAAUAUCUAAGAAGACCUACGCCAGAAGAUUUUCAACGACUUCUCGAUAUGGAGAGAUACGCGGGUUUCUCGGGAUGA